AUGUUAACAAAAACAAACGCCGAGUUGCAUUCUUCAAUGUCGACUAUUUCUCACGCACUCGUUCAAAGAUAAGUUGCUUUCAAAUUCCUUCCGCGGAAUGGAAUUUCGUAACAACAUCAUCAGCUGUGCACCACAUACCAAGUUUGAUUACACCAAAGGAGUAGGUUCAAUCUUGUACGAGAAGAUGCAUGAAGCUCAAUCAGCUAUCGCGCAAGUUGAUGAUCGAACUGGAGAAGUUGACACUUACAGAACACUUCUCGAACGUUGCAUCCGCACCGCUAAAGCAAUGAGGUCAAAAAACGUAUCCGCGGGCGAUAUCGUAGUCGUCCACAGCCACAAUCACAAGAACGCGAUUGUACCGGUAAUUGCAAGUUAUUUUCUGGGGGCAAUUCCAGCAGUAAUCGACUACAGCUUGCCUUUAAGCAGCACCAAGCAACUGCUCAAAAAGAUACCGCCAAGCAUCACCUUUACCAACUCCCAGGGGAUCAAGAAAAUAUCGGCGGCAACCCACCAGCUAGGGAUGAAUAGCGCAAUAAUCGACUUCGGCAAGUUGGACGAACUCAUCGCGAAAUUUACAGCGAACGAUGGCUUCGCGCCAAUUACCAUCGAAAACCCCGACGAAACGGCGGCCAUAUUUUUUACUAGUGGCACGACCGGUUUGCCCAAAAAGAUUGGUCUCAGUCAUCGGCUGCUGCUGCGCUCCGUCGUUAAUCUCCAAAGCACAUCGGUUCGCUUCACGACAAUCGCCCAGAACACCUUCUGGAUUUCGACAACGAACAUGCUACUCAAUGCGGUUCUAAACGGUGCCUGUCGAGUUUUAGUGCCGCAGAUCGAAUCGAGCAACCUCUGGUUGCUGAUUCGCAAAUAUGAGGUGUCAGUCCUGGUCCUGGUACCUUCGCUCAUUCCGAGACUGUUCGAGGGGCCAAUCUCCAGUUUGGCACUGCUCUUGGUAAGCGGCGGUUCGCUCACGCCCGACGAAACAAUGCGGUUACGCGCCCAUCUGCCCGACACUGUAAUACUGCCAGUUUACGGCCAAACCGAGCUUGGUGGAGCCUCGCUUAGUUUCAACGUCAUCAAUCCGGAAGAUCUCAAGUUCGCGUACCAGAGAGUGAGCUCCUGCGGACGCCCCCACGCCGGCUACCAAUACAAGGUUGUGGAUCCCGACACGGAAGAGGUCUUGGGUCCGAAUCGGGUCGGCGAAAUUCGCAUCAAGGCCGACUGCUUUUCGCCCGACUCGUGCGAGAUGUCCGAGUGGGACGAUGGAGGUUUCUACAAAACCGGCGAUUUGGGUUACUACGACCGCGACUUCUGCUUCUACGUCACCGAUCGAAUCAAGGAGGUCUUCAAAUACAGGACAACCAAAAUAGUACCGUCCAAGCUGGAAGCGGUACUGAAAACUCAUCCCGCCGUCGAGGAUGCCGUUAUCGUCGGACUGCCGCACGCCUACGAUGGAAGUCUACCACUCGGUUUGGUCGUUCGGAGAAAUGGCUUUGGGGAUGUUUCGGACGGUGACAUUGUGGAAUACUACAACGCAAGAGUCGCCGAUGGGGAAAGGUUAAGGGGUGGGCUUAGGUUCGUCGAACAAAUUCGCACAACAUCCUUGGGGAAGGUUAAGAGAAUGGAAAUGAGACAAAUGGUUCUUCGGAGUCGAUUGUAG